AACACAACACCGAUAUUAUUAAAAAAAAAAAAAGUACUGACAAAAAUAAGUGUCGUUGUCAGUAGGUUCGCCGAAAUAUAAGAAAUCGCCGGCACUUACAGAUGCAAUAUAUAAUAAUUAUAAAAAAAGUUUCGUACUCCAUCGGUAAAAAAAAGACAUUCUCAUAGGUGCGCGCGUAGACUUUUUGUAAACAAUGCCGCGAACCAAAAAGAUUUAUUGGAGUCCUGAUGCCAUCAAAAUGCUUAUGAAGCUGUACAAGGAGCAUCCACACCUGUACGACGCGAAGAACGGUCAGUACUUCAACAAAGAUUGCCGCGCCGAGGCUUUUCAGCAGAUUGUGCUGGAAAUGAGGAAAAUAUACGAAUGUAUACUGACUACAGACGUGAAAACCAAAAUUUGCACACUGAGGAGCCAGUACCUAAGCUAUUUGAAAAAGGAGAAGAACUACAUUAAAAGUGGUAUAGAAAAACCGAAUUGGGUGCACUGUGUGGAGUUCCUUAGACCAUUUCUGAAGCCGACCGAACGGCAGGAAACUCUAGACGUUGAUAUAAAACCGGAAGCUGACUCUGACGUUCCCAACUGUUUAAGCAAUGAUGAAAGUGAAGCUGGUUCUUCCUUCGACCCACUCUUGACCUCGCCCAACGAUAAGCUAGACAUCAUUAGGCCCAAGAAGAUUCUUUGGAGCCCAGAGGCCAUCAGAAUGCUGAUUGAGCUGUACGAGAAGCGCCCGAAUUUAUAUGACGCCAAGAACGCUCAGUAUCGCAACAAACGAUUACGGGCCAAAUCAUUGCGGCAGAUUGUGAAGGAAAUGAGAAAAAUAUACGAAUCCAUAGACACAACAGACAUCAAAAAUAAGAUUGGAACAUUGAGGAGCCAAUAUUUGGUCCAUUUGAAGAAUGAGGCAAACUACAAUAAAAGUGGCAUGGAAACGCAUGAGAGGAUGGCGCCAUUCUGUGUGAAAUACAUAGAGUUCCUCAAGCCACAUCUAAGGUUUUCUGAAAGUCAGAGAGCUUCAGAGUCUGAUACAAAUCCCACUGAGAUAAAACCUGAAGCUGGCAUUGAGCUGCCAAGCUGUUUAGGCAAUGAUCAACAUCAGAUAGACAUACACGAGACUGAGAUAAAACCAGAAACUGAGGAGCUUGCAAACUCUUUGAGGGAUGAUGAAAGUGAAAGUGAUUCUUCGUUGGAACCAAACGAUAUGCUAAAAACCAAAAAGACCAAGAAGAUUCGUUGGCACCCCGAAGCCAUCAUAGUGCUUAUCACGCUAUACGAGAGCCGCCCAAACUUGUAUGACCCGCAGUACGACGGCUACCGCUCCAAACAGGAAAGGGCGAAGUCUUUGCAGCAGAUCGUCAAGGAGAUGAGAAAAAUAUACGACUGCAUAGACACGGCAGACAUUAAAAAUAAGUUCAACACUUUAAGGAGCCAAUACCUGGCCCAUUUGAAGAAGGAGGCCAACUGCACGACAUGGGGCAUUUGCACGCGUGUGCCCUUCUGGGUUGAAUACAUACAGUUCCUGAAGCCCUUUGUAAAAUGGUCCGACGAGCAGACUGAUGAGAUAAAACCAGAAACGGACUUCGGAUGUCCAAGCUUUUCAAACGACUAUGAAAGUGACACUAAUUCCUCCUUCGAUCCACUAUUGAGCAGCACAAACAAUCUGCUGGACAUCAUUCAGGCCAAGGACAUUCGUUGGGGACCCGACGACAUCAGAAAACUCAUAAAGCUCAUAUCGUAA